GCAGAACAUAUGUAGACUUUUUUCGUGCUUGCAGAUGGCUGGCGGAUGGCAGGCGGAUCUUUUUCUUUGGUUGGUAGGGGCGGUGGGAGUGAAUGGGCUUUCAUUAUUCUUAUUCUUGUUUUUCUACUAUACACGGCGUUGUAUGAUUUGGUUCAAUGUGCUGAAGGGAAGGGAAGGGGGGUAAAACAAAAGUUUGGGAAGGAAAGGAAGGAAGGAAGGCGAUACAGCUUCUAUCAGCAAAAUAGAACGGACGACUUGGCGUUGGAUCAGUUGUUGAUCUUGUUUUUUUGGAUACUUCUCCUAUGUAAAACACUGAUACUCUAAUGGCACCGAGAGAGAGAGAGAGAGAGAGAGA